UUCAGUGCCGAGGUGCGUCGCUGACGCUUUCUGCGCCCGCCUCUCUCUCUCUCUGCGUCAGGGCGGCGCGGCGCGUUCGCGUCUCCUUCUCGGUUCCUUGCCGGCGUCGCCGCCGCCACCGCCACCGCCAAAAUUCGUGCCUCAGCAGAUCUCCGUUUCCCAGCAAUCCGCGCUGCUGGUGGCGGCAGGAAGAAAGAGCCCAGGACAGCGGGAGGGGCGGACGGCGGCCGUAGCAGGAGCAGCACCAGCACCCUCUUGUCGUCAGGGCCGGCAUAGCCCAAGGAGGAGGAGAAUCCUCCGGAGGUGGGGGGCGCUCUCCGGACCCCUCAGAGGGGGCCAGCCCGAGGGCCCCGGCUCCCCUCGCCGCCACACCACCGCAUUCUCCCCCCUGCUACGGUGAACCUAGAAGAUGCCCGUGAAAAAGAAGCGCAAAUCCUCGGGGCAGGCGGGAGACGAGACGGGCCUCAAGAAGUGUAAAAUCAGCAGCUAUUGCAGGUCACAAGCUUCUAGUAAAGUGAUAAGUGGCGAAGAACACUUUUCAAGCAAGAAGUGCCUGGCUUGGUUUUAUGAGUAUGCAGGUGAUGAUGAAGUUGUAGGGCCAGAAGGCAUGGAGAAAUUCUGCGAAGACAUUGGUGUUGAACCUGAAAACAUUAUCAUGCUUGUUUUAGCCUGGAAACUAGAGGCUGAAAGCAUGGGAUUUUUUACCAAGGAAGAAUGGUUAAAGGGGAUGACCUCAUUACAAUGCGACUGCACAGAAAAGCUGCAAAGUAAAUUUGAUUUUUUACGUUCGCAACUGAAUGACAUUUCAACCUUUAAGAAUAUCUACAGAUAUGCAUUUGAUUUUGCAAGGGAUAAAGACCAGAGAAGUCUUGAUAUUGAUACUGCAAAAUCUAUGUUAGCUCUUCUACUUGGAAGAACGUGGCCAUUGUUUUCAGUAUUUUACCAGUACUUGGAGCAGUCAAAAUACAAAGUAAUUAACAAAGAUCAAUGGUACAAUGUGUUAGAAUUCAGCAGAACUGUCCAUGCAGAUCUUAGUAACUAUGAUGAAGAUGGGGCAUGGCCUGUUCUUCUUGAUGAAUUUGUGGAGUGGCAAAAAGUUCGCCAAGCAUCAUAGCAAGAACAGCUCUAAAGAACCUGCUGGAUCUUGUGAUGUCCACCCCUACAAAAACUGAGUCAAACCAAGGGUUGCAUUCACAUGAACUUCAGUCAUUUUUUUUUCCUUUUAUUUUUAAAGGAAGCCUUGUUACACAUGAAAAGGGCAUUGAACCACACCUCUUCUGAGACUGAAAGUUGGAGGUUUUUGUCUUAAGUUUCUAUCAUUUCAGAACAAUAAAGAUUCAGAUUUGUAGCAGUCUUAAAAGUGAAGGAUAUCCCUUGAGUACGACUGAUUUCUAUAUUCUCAAAACCAAAACAUCAUAGACUGCAUCCGAAGUGCUCUAUAUGGGUGUUUUGAAUCCUGGAGAUGUGUUUAAAAAUUGUUGUAGUAUAUGACUCUGGUAAGGUAGUUUGCUAAUGAAAUGACUGUCAUUAGGAAGAAUGAUUAAUAUUAAGCCUUGGCUGAAGUUUUACCAAUGCCCAACAUCAUUUGUGCCAUAGUUUGCAGCUUCACAUGGAGACAUGGCCUUAAAAUUAUUAUUUUUUUCUACAGUUCCCAUUCAGUAUAUUGUCUUCUAAUGGAACAUUCAUAACAGCCUACUUUUUAACUUAAAGGGUACUGAGAGGAUGGUGAUGUUGUCUAUAAUGAAGCAACUGCAAGUUCUUGAAACAGUAAUUAUUGUACUUCUAUUAUAAAUUGGUCUCAAUAUUAAAAAGAAAAACCUAGGAUAACUUAGUACAAAGUUUGAUCUCUUUUAUGUGCACUGGACAGAAAAUUCAGAGUUUGACCUUUCUCUUCCAUUUCCAAAUGUGGGGGGCUAUAUUUUUUUUCUGUGAUACCAGCUCUCUCCAUCUCAACCUUAAGAAGAAUUGCACUACCUUAAUGUAUAUUACCUUCUAGCAAAAUCAUGAGGAGGAGUGUGUGUGUGUGUGUUGGCUUCAUGGAGAAGCAGGUGUAGAAACUGAAGCACUUAACUAUCUCCUUGUUUUAUUACUUAAAUGCCAUCAAGACCUUAGCCAUUCACUCAAUGCUGCUUUAUAAGUCUCAAAAUUGCUCCCAGUUGACCAAAUGCAGGGAUUUUCAAGACCUGUUUUGCAUAUUAUUUACAAAGUGGGAAAUGGCAACCAGUUCUUGGCAAUAAUUUGGCAUCCCAACUUCCAUGCAGUUCACCAUUUCUAUCAAAGCAUCAUUCUUUUAGCACAUUUAGAUUGGCCCUCGUGAUGUGCAAGAUUAUUCCAAUAGCUUAUGAUAACUGGGUAGGACUUGGUAGUAUUGGCCUCAGGAUAAUGAGAAAUGGAUUGCGUGCACUGAAUGCUGGUUGAGGUAGGACAAGAUCAUCUCUUUUUUAGACAAGGCAGCCCACAAAGAGCUGCACCCUCAAAGAGGCUUGUCCCACAGAAGGGAGAGCAGUUUUUGCAGCUUUCCCCUCCCUCCAAAAGUAUUUUUUGGCUUCCAGAAAUAUGUCCCUGAGGGCUAUGCAGCCCUAAGGGAAUAUAGUUUUGGAGGGAGUGGAGAGCAGCAAAAGUUGCUCUCCCCUCAGCAUGUGCUUGGCUUGCAAGACAACCUGUUGGCUGAGCUCUGCAACAGCUUUUCAGUAAGAGCGCAGCUCUUGCUCUGCCCUAAUGUUGAGGAAAUUGUGGGCCACUUAUUUUUGUGGGAUUUUUUUCUUUCUUUUGGUCAUGAUGUGGAAUUCUUAAGUAUAUAGGUGGACUUCCUUACAGAUUCGGUGUCCGCAGUCAGGGAAGUGACACCUGACCUCAGCAUAUGCAAUGGGGGGACACGUUGACCUCAUGCAUCUGUGGGUCGGGGGUGGCCGUAAAUGACUGCAGAGGUCAUUUCCGGCUGCCAUUGUAGGACUUAGAGCCACAAAAUGGCUCCCUCUUUUAAAAAGGGGGGGAGUGAUUUUUGGCUGUGUUUGGGCACAAUGCAACUCAGGGGGUGCCACAGAGACAAGUAAGGAGCUCCUCCCCAUGAAAAUGAGCCAAUUUUUAGGCAUUUUCAGCUGAAAAUGGCUGGCUGGAAAUUUAACCCCUGCGAUCCCAUAGGGAUCAAUGUUUCUUUAUUCAUGGUUUCCAUAUCCACGGUACAGCCGUGAAUAAGGAGAUCCACCUGUAAAGUCCUGUUAUUCUCUAGAAAUGGGCUGUUUCUGUUUCAGCUCACCCUUCUGUUCAGGUGUGCCUGGCAAAUCUAAUUGUUUUUGAAUCCUCUAUAGGUGUGGCCUUGCACUGAGGAUUUCUGCUUCUCCCCACCUCCUUCCUAGACUUGCCAUGAUGCUUCCAAGAGAAGCAUGUCCUUGUCUGUCUUAUGACUGCAAUCAUAUGCAUACAUAUUGGAAAAUAAGCUUAAAUGGAAAUGGGAAUUACCUGAGUGAGCAUGCAUGGGACUAAACUCCUUUCUAAUUGUCACUGUCCUCUGUGCUGUACUUUAGAAAAGUGUUCAGAUUUUUUUCAAGAUAUAAAUCAGGAAAAUUCAACUGUUUUUCUAAUGCAAGAAAGCCCCCUUCUUUAAUUCAAAUCAUAAAUUCUGUUUUAAGCAACAUAGUCCAAACCAAACAAUAUUAACAUGGUAUUCCACAGAAUGUUUUGUUCACCAAUGCCAACAUCUUCAGUGAAUGUGAGGGUAUCGAAUUGCUGUGUAUGACUUAUCUCUGAGGUUUUAUCACUAUUCUUAUAAUAAAACCAUAUUGCAGGGAUUUACAUCCUGUUUCUGUGAGAGUGUUUGUUUAAGUCAUGGGAUGUGGCAAGAAAUAACAAUGGAUAUACUGGGUUUAUAUUUCAUAUCCAUCUCUGCAAGAAGAUCUACAAAUGAGUUUUUCUGUGUUGCUUAUUUACAGAUUUUUACAUCAGUAAAUGAAACAUAAUUUUGAAAUUAA